CAUACCGCCAUCAUGCUCACCUUAUCUCGGCCUUAUAAAGAGUGAAUAAGAGAUAACGCAUACAUCACACUCUGGAGCGACGUCCAGGGAGUGAGUUUUAGCUUUCACUGUAAAAAAGUAUGUGACGGGAGACAAACAAGACAUCAGCAGAAACCUAAGUGCCUCAAACUCUGUGGGGUGGGACAGGAAGGAGAGCGGGGACACAAGUAUAACUGUGUGAGCCUUACUGUAAGUGAGGGAGAGAAGAAGAGAAGGUACAUUUGAGUAAAGAAAAGAAAAGGUCUGCUGUGGUUGCCGGUCAGAAUAGAGCUUCAUCAUGGCCGCCUUGAAGGAGAAGAGGACUUGUGGGCAACGAUGUGAGGACUUCGGGCAUUUUGUCUGGAACUCAGACAAUGGGACGUUAAUGGGGAGAACACCAGAGAAAUGGGUGUACAUCAGUCUGUAUUACGUGGCCUUCUACAUUGUGAUGACGGCCCUCUUCAGUCUGGCCAUCUGGACGCUCAUGUACACCUUGAGUCCGUACGCGCCGGACUAUCAAGACCGGUUAAAAUCUCCGGGGGUAAUGGUAUGGCCGGACACGUAUGGGGAGGAGAUUGUCGAAAUCAUCUACAACACAUCAGACAAGGCCAGCUGGAUGAAGAUGACCAACAUCCUUAAUGAGUUCCUGAAGCCCUACAACGACACCAAACAGCUUGAAUGUAACAACUACAACUGCACUAAAGGAAAGUACUUCUUCCAGAACACCUACUCCGCCCCUCACCACACCAAGUGGGCAUGUCCCUUCACGCAAAGCAUGCUGGGACCCUGCUCAGGAUUUGAGGACCCAACCUUUGGCUACAACUGCACCAUGCCUUGUGUCGUCAUCAAGAUGAACAGGAUCAUCAACUUUCUGCCCACGAAUCACACCAGCACACCCCCAUAUAUCAACUGCACCAUACUGGAAGGAUAUGACAAUGUGGCCAAAAUGGAGUAUUUCCCUGACAGGGGAAUUAUGGAUCUCUCUUACUUCCCUUACUACGGAAGGCUGGCACAGCCCACUUACGUCAACCCGUUGGUGGCUGUUCGGUUCAACCUGGUUGGAGAGAAGACAGCCAAGAUCCAGUGCAGAGCGGUCUCCGAGAAGAUCAGCUACCAAAACCCCUACGACCCCUAUGAGGGGAAAGUCACCUUCCUCCUCAAAGCAGUGAAAUGAGAAGCAGAGGAGAGGAUGUCCUGUGUGGAGCUUUUAUAAACCUGAUUUGUCAAACUUUGAGUGAUUCAUGAACCUUUUUGUCAAAUAAGUUUCAGAUUUUACCAUGACAUGAAAAAUAAAAUCUUUAAAUCUA